AUGGCCGGUAACUCUCCCCAGCCUGGCCCAAAUUCUCAGGGGGUACAGCUGGCUCUGGCUCUAUCCCUGCCCAUCGUGGCAUUCGCCGCACUCGCCAUUCUGGUCAUGUCAGUCUGUCCCGUUGAAGCCGAAUUAACCAGAGACGUACUUAUACCGGUCUCGACGCAGGACAAUGAUUCGCAAAUUGGCUUUGUCCGCCAGGUCCAGCCGACAUCCGAGGUCAAAUAUACGGCAGCUCAAUGA